CGGGCUCAGCUUUGCUCAGCCGCAGGACGCUGGCAACAAGCUCUCCCUGCUCCGGUCGAUCCAGCCAGCGCUCGCUCAGCCACCGCCAUGGUCGCCGUGCCCACUGCCUGGUGCUCGGUAGCUCUAGCCCUGCUUGUGGCCCUGCACGAAGGGAAGGGCCAGACAGCUGCAGCCACAGAGCAGCCUGCGCCCUCAGCCCGUGCCUGGGGCGCCCACCUUCGGCCUCGGCGGUGCUCCUGCAGCUCCUGGCUCGACAAGGAGUGUGUCUACUUCUGCCACCUGGACAUCAUCUGGGUGAACACUCCAGGACAGACAGCUCCUUACGGCCUGGGAAACCCGCCAAGACGCCGGCGCCGCUCCCUGCCAAGGCGCUGUGAGUGCACCAGCGCCAGGGACUCCACCUGUGCCACCUUCUGCCAUCGAAGGCCUGGUAGGGACAUUUCUGCAGCCAAGAUCCACCUUGCCAGGCAGCACCAGAAGACAGCAAGGGAGCCUAGGCUCACACACCCCAGGUGGAGGAAGAGAUAG